UAAAAAAGGGGGCCAGGGCAGUGUUUUAUCUGAAUGUGUUUGAGUGAUUAACAUAUAACUCUGUCUAACCUACUAACUAAUUUUUUUUUGGCAUGUUGGUCACCUGGUUCUCUGGCAAAGUAGGAGUUUCAGCCAUCUCUCGACAGUAAAUUUGCUUAUUUCAGCCUUCACCCUCAGUAAUGAUUUGAAUCCCCUUAUCAGUAAACAUCAUAGAAUGGUUCGUAAUCACUUAAGCUGAACAUUGAUGUUAUAUUGAUUCUUGUUUACUCUUGAACUUGAUGUGGAAAUUUCUUUUCCUUUCCUUUUGCUUGAGGACAAGCAAAGAUUUAAGUGUGGGGGUAUGAUAUACAUCAUAUAUAUACUCAUUUCUACCCAUUUGCUCUGUCAUUUCUGGAUAUUUGUCCCAUAUUUUCCACUUAAUUUACAACAUAAAUGGACCAGAGAAGGGUUUGACUAGUCUAUGAAUAUGCUUUGCAGGUAUGGGCGAAAAAGGCCCUAAACUCUCUCUGUGUCAAGCAAUACAUACUGAGAAGGAUCAUCUUGUGGAGGAAGAAUAGAAGAUGAGGGGUGGAGCUGCAAAUUUCCUGAUCAGAUCAAGUGAAAGGGGAGUCACGGGCUCCAUUCUUAGGUGUGCCUGGCUUCUAUCCCCAAUCCCCAAUCCCCAAAGCUCCUGCUCCACCUCCGGCCGCCGCGGCGGCCAGGCCAGCGUGGCGACGCGCCGCCAAGAAACAACCACAUACCUGCUGCUCCUCUUCUUCGACGAACGACUGCUCGUCAACAACGCCGGAGAUGAAACGGGUCGUGCGCCCCGAACUGCUGCAGCUGCUCUUCUCCAACCCUCACGCUGCUGCACUUCCCCAAGACCAGAUCGACCUGAAGCUCUUCUCCCUGCAACCCUUACUGCUGUUCCUCCUCACCAAACUGAAGCUCCUCUUAUGUCAAUCAGCUUUGGUGCAACACACAUAUGGACCGAAGGAGUCGCCAGGUCACGGCAAGAUUUUGAAUUGUACAAAUGUAGUGUAGAAGAAAAAGGGUUCGGAGACAUCAGUAAGUUGCAGCACCAACAUCUCCAUGGAGGAUAUCAGAGACAAAAAAGGUUCUAUAUUAGCAAAUCGACUUGCACCAACAUUUGCAUCGAAGAUAUCAGAGAAAAAGAAAUGAUCUAUGUAUAUUAGCAAAAUGGGUAUGCUUUACUGUGAACUCCAUUAGCAAACCUAAAGGAAGUGAGAGAGACUGCAAAUAAGUAACAUCGAUAUAGACAAAGAAGGAAAGAUUGUGCAAUCCCGACCAGCAGAACGUGCUCUACUCGCCUAAAUCCUGCUCAUCUUUGAUCCGCGGAUGUCGCCAUCGCUAUGGCCUAUAGGAUGAACAAAGAAAAUGUGAGCUUCCCGUCCAUACGCCAUCACCGUCGUCGUCAGUUCGUUGUUGGCCUGGUACGGACACGCCAUGCAGCUCCAUUGUCAGCUGUGUCCGCCCACCUCAUUUGUCAGGAGCGGUGGUGCUAGGCCAUGGAGGAGAAGGGGCAGGGGAAAAGGUGGAGAUGGAAGAUAAUAAACAGCCGGCCGGCAGACCGAUCGACGGGAUGCAUCAUCAUAGGUUAAAUGGCCCGAUCGUUUCAUAUUAGCAGUAUUAACUGUGAUGUCCAUUGAAGCUCAAGAGUGUACAGAAAGCCAAAACCACAACCUUGGACUGGGCCUCAAGAAAGGGAGAACCGUGACAGUAAUCUACACCACAUAUUUGCUAUCUAAUGGACAAAAAUAAUAGAGAUGACGUGGCUGCAUAAGGUUUGAGCUUACAAACAUUAAUUGCAUGUUAGUGGGGAUGAACUUUAUAGAUAUUAUAGAUUAGACUAGCAUGUAACCUUGUUCGUACAUGUGUGUGUGCUUGUUAAACCUACAACUUGUAAAACGUGGUACUUCCUUAGCUGAUGUUGUCAAUGUGCUCGUAAAUGUUAUUCUGUCCCUUUCCCCAUAUACUUGCUUCUUCCCUAUCUUUAUGUUUGCUAGUGAAAUUUAGUUCAUGUUUGUGGCGUGAUAAUUCUGUCCCUAUCCCAAUCUUGCUUCUCUCCCAAUCUUAUGUAUAUGCUAGUAAUCUUGUUUGUCUAAAUAUUAGUAGUUAUUCAUAGAGUUAAUAUCUGAAACAAAAAUCACAAAAAUAGAAUCCAAUUCCAGUAACUACAAUUCUGUCUCUUUCUUCAAUCUUUGCUCGUUUGUCUUGCCCAGAUUGAUUAGUCUAGGUUUAUAUUUCUUGCAAGCCAUUCCCUAUUUUGUGUGGCUUAGCUUUAGCCGAAACUUGAUAGUCGUUGCCUAGUCCCUGCGGAGAACACGACAACCUGCAGAUUGGGCGUAAUACCCACUGCUAUAUAGCAUCGAUCAGUUGGCGUCCAUGGAGGACGGCAGAUGGUUUGGAACCUAGCUAGAGCUUCUCCAAUAAGCUUGCUGGUUUCUUGUGGCCACCUCCCGAGAUGGAUUUGUGGUGCUGCGACACUCCUUCUGGCCGGCCAUGGAGGCGAGGGGUUGAAGUGAAGUAGUGCAUCGAGUCCUUCUUCUAGAGGUUGGCGGGGAAGGUCUUUGCUGCACCUUGGUGUGCACUACAUGGUGGAUGUAUAAGCCACCAUGAUCUGUUGCGGGUGUGAAGGCCCCUUCUGUUGCCAUGAGGGCGACAUUUUAGCCUCUGAAGAUGUUGAAGCUCCCCAGAUUGAGUGGUGAAGAUCCCCCUAUAUUGAUCUCGAUGAUGCAUCCUCUAAAUCUUCAGCCCAGUCAUCUACCUCGUAUGCAUUUGCCAACUUGAUUGCUGGUUGAGCGGUUGGCUCUUGGGUUGGUGAGGUUGUUUGAGGCCUCUGAAGAAGACAGUUGCAGGAUUGUUGCGUCCAUAUUCUCGACGGAUCCCCUGUCGGGCUCCAACUGUAUUCUUCUGCUUAGACUGCUUGUUCUUCCAGUAUUCAUCUUUUUUGUGUGCAUCCAGGUUCGAGGUGCAGACGCGGAGGAGAAGCAUCGGAUUGCUUCUUCAGUUAUGUUUUUAUGGUCCUAUUUGUGAAGCCUGAGGGUUAUGUUAGUAUUGGUCUUUCUUUUACAACCCUCUCUGUAUUUGUAACCCCUCCGAUGCUAUAUGAAUGAAAUUUCCGGGCCCUUCGGGGAUCUCCCUUGUUAAAAAAGAGACUAGUUUAACUAGGCUUUCACCUAGUGAGCUUCAUGCUUCAUGGCUUUAUCUUUGAGUUUGUCUUUUAUCUGUUA